AUGGAUGGUGUCAAGAGAUUCGUAAAGACUGAAACCUUCUCUAGAAAUCGAAUAUUAUUCUGCGCAUUUGUCGCAAGAAUCACCCUCGUAUUAUAUGCGCAUAUCCAUGAUUAUAUGUUCAAAGUAGGUUUUUCCCCAAAAAAAAAUCAAAACCUUGAAAGUUUUUCAGGUGAACUUCACCGAUAUAGACUAUAGUGUAUUCUCCGAUGCCGCGAAGCAUGUUUCCAAUGGUGGAAGUCCAUUUGAUCGCGAUACUUAUCGAUACACCCCAGCUUUAGCCUGGAUUCUCCUGCCAGUUGUACAAUUCCCGGAUUUCGGCAAAAUCCUUUUUUGUAUAUUUGACAUCAUUGUUGCUGUUUUAUACUUUAAAAUUAUGGAUUAUGAAUUGCUCAAAAACCCAUCGAAAAAUAGCGAUGAUAUCAAAAAUAGGCAAACCUUCAAUGUCGCCGUGUUUUGGUUGGCAAAUCCAUUGACUGCGAUUAUUUCGGCGAGGGGAAAUGCGGAAAGUAUCGUUUCGGCGAUUGUUUUAUUGAACUUGUUGUUGUUGCAGAGAGGAUAUGUGGGUUUUUGAGGUGUUUUGGGAGGAAAAUGAUUUUUUUAUUGGCAUCAGAGAGUUCACGUGAAAAAUUCACAAAAAAUUGAAGUUGAACAUUUAAUUUUUGAAGAAAUGUGGCCGGGUGGCCGAGAAAUGUCGGGGAUUCGGCCAUAGAAAUAAACUCGCUCUACUGCUGCAAAAAUCAUCAUUUUUGGAGCGUGGCCGAAUUCCCGACAUUUCUCGGCCACCCGGCCACAUAUCUUUUCAUUUUUCUGAGAUUUAUGGGGCUAUUCAACGAAAAAAUAUGUUUUCUCAGUGUUAAAAAAACAAAUCGCGACGAGACCCAGACGAAAAACAACAUGUUCCUUUAGGCUACUGUAGAAAUUCGCAACGGGACCAAUUUAUUGUGAAAACGGAAUGAAUCAACUAAAAAAUAUUUUUGAACGACGAAAAAAUAAAAGAUGGAUCAAAAAAGCAAAACAAUGAAUUCUGUUUCAAAAUGUUACCCAAAGGGAAUACACAAUGAACGCCCAUAUGAAUUUUGUAUUCCCUUUGGAGAACAUUUUGAAAGAAAAUUCAUUUUUUGCUUUUUUGAUCUACCUUUUCGCUCCAUAUUUUAUUUUUUUGUCGUUCAAAACUAUUUUCUAGUUGAGAGAUUCAUUCCGUUUUCACAAUAAAUUGGUCCCGUUGCGAAUUUCUACAGUAGCUUAAAGGAACAUGUUGUUUUUCGUCGGGGUCUAGAAAAUUUUUUUCACUGAAUAGCCCCAUGGUCGAGCUAUUCCGGUGGCCGAGAUAUGUCGGGAAGUCGGCCAAAGCAGCAAACGCGCUCUAAUGUUGCAAAAAUCAUCAUUUUUGAAGCGUGGCCGAAUUCCCGACAUUUCUCGGUCACCCGGCCACAUGUAUCUUUUUAUUUUUUUUUUUGAAAUUGUUUUUUUCAGUACAAAACUUCUGCUUUGGUCCAUGGCGCUCUGGCGAUUCAAUUCAAAAUCUACCCUCUAAUCUAUCUCCCAUCAGUCUAUCUAUAUCUCUCGGAUUUCCAUCAAAACCGAAGCCUACAAUCCCUAAUUUUCAACCGCAGAGGAAUAAUCUACGGUCUAAUAACGAUAUUUUCAUUCGGCCUGGUUGUUCUAGGCUUCUAUCAAAUCUACGGCCAAAUUUUCCUGGACGAAUAUUUGAUCUACCACGUGAAGCGACGCGAUAUCAAGCACAAUUUCUCCGCCUAUUUCUUCAUUCUCUACCUCUUCGAAAACAAUGAGCUGAUGUCGAAAAUCAUCGGAUUUUUGGCAUUUGUCCCCCAAGUUGCCGUGAUUUUCAUCUAUGCUUUUCGAUAUUUUGAAGAUUUGCCAUUUUGUUGGCUCAUGACCACGUUUGCAUUUGUGGCUUUUAACAAAGUUUGCACAAGUCAGUAUUUUGUAUGGUAUUUGGUGCUGUUGCCGUUGUGUUUGACGAGUAUUCAGGUGAGGUUUUGAGGGGGAUUUUUGAUGUAGAAGCUCUCAAGGCGCGGCUCCUUGACAUAGAAGCUCUCAAGGUACGACUCCUUAUUGUAGCAGCUCUCAAGGUGCGACUCCUUGCUGUAGUAUACCUCUAGGCGCUGAUCCUUGAAAACUAGGUUUUCUAGGAGCGGCUCCUUGACAUAGAAGCUCUCAAGGUUCGGCUCCUUAUUGUAAUUGAUCUCUAGGCUCGGCCCCUUGACAUAGAAGUUCUCAAGGCGCGGCUUCUUGAUGUAGCAGAUCUCUAGGCGCUGAUUCUUGCCAUAGAAGCUCUCAAGGCGCUGCGCCUUGAUUUAGCAGAUCUCUAGGCUCGGCUACUUGACAUAGAAGUUCUCAAGGGGCGGCUCUUUGACAACUAGAUUUGUUUCCAGCUCCCAAACCACCGUGCACUUCUCCUAACUCUCUCCUGGAUCGCCUCCCAAGCUCUCUGGCUUCUCUUCGCCUAUCUUUUCGAAUUUCGCGGCUGGAACACAUUUGUUCAAAUGUUCCUAGCUUCUCUGGUCUUUUUAUUGGUCAAUUGUUGGAUUUUAUAUGAAUUCGGGAAAAGUUAUCGGAACUCGGAAGCUCAAAAGCAAAAUGAGCAAAAGAAAAAUGACUAA